GGCCGCCCCUGCUCGCCGCCAGCCCUGCGCCGCGCAGGAGAGUGCAGUGGCGGCGGCGGCGGGAAAGGGCUUGCGGAGCCGCGGUGCCCGCGUCGCACACUCGACGACGCGGCCCGGGGCCUCGACGCCCUCCGUCCGUUCCAGAAGCAGCAGCUUUAUUCAUGGCAAAGAGGUGCUCUGUUACGGAUCUGCGUAUUACAGAUGCUGAACUGUAAGAAGAUACAUUGGAUAAGAAGAACUGCAGACUUUGUAGAUAUCAACUGUGGCCUUGCUAAACACAUUGAUAGCAUCAAUGCCAGCCAGACAGUCCUAUUGCUACUGGAUUGUGCAAGAUACUUAACCCUGUUUUCUUUGAAUUAUGACUUAAGUGUCAAACAUCUUAUGUAAAAAAGGGAACCAUUUUAGUUUUCGAAUUCAGAAUGCCAAGGAGAAGGAGGAAUGUUGGGGGAAAUCCUUUUCGGAAGACUGCGAAUCCUAAGGAAGUUGUCGUGUCUCGCGUUGCUAGUGGUGGGAGGCCAAGCACUGCGCCCCCUCCGGUGGGGGAGACCAAAGCUGACGAGGAAGAGCUCUUCACCAGUAUGUCAGAGAUGUUUGCUGACCUGGAUCCUGAUGUAGUGUAUUUGAUGCUUUCUGAAUGUGAUUUCAAAGUCGAAAAUGCCAUGGAUUGUCUGUUAGAGCUAUCAGCCACUGAUGCCAAGAUAGAAGAAUCAACUUCACAAAGCUUUCGUGUUUCUGAGAACCAAAAAAGUGCAGCAGAAAGUGAAAUAAUGGAAAAAUAUCCUCUCGAAGAAGAGACUGAAGAUUCGAAAAUGGAUUCUUUUUUAGACAUGCAGCUAACUGAAGACCUGGACUCCUUGAUACAGAAUGCUUUUGAGAAAUUAAACUCGUCUGAUGACCAAGUUUACUCAUUUUUGCCUUUGCAAGAUGUGAACGGUGUUAGUGACCCGAGGGAAUUUACAAGUUCAGAUUCAAAUAGUAUGACUCCCAUUCUUUGUACACAAAAUGUGGAAUUGGACAGGGAAAAUCUAGAGAAUUCUGACUCUACUUUAAGUUCAAACCCUUUGUCUUCAUAUUCAUCUUUGAAUGAGCCAAAAAAUUUUACAAAGGAUGGCACAUUGGCAUUGGAAAAUAAUUACCCAGAAGAUUCUGUUCCUAAUAGUUCUUUAAAUCCAGCAAAUGACUCCCCAGUGGAAUGUGGCACUGUCAGUCAAAGACAGAAUGAGCUUUUACAAUCUGAGUGUGAGACUCAGUUCUCUCAAAACCCUGAAAAGUUUGAUGCCAGUGAACCUCAACCCACUUUAAAUCUUUCUGUGCAGAAUUCAGGGCCUAAUAUUCCAGGUACAGGCGGGGAUCAGAAAUCUACCCCGGUCUCAGAUGUGUUUGUGUCUUCUGAAGGGUUCAGUUUCAAGCCACACAAGCAUGCUGACCUGCCACCAAAGGGGAAGGAUGUCAGUUACUGUCCAGUACUUACCCCUCUCCCUCUGCUGCUACCACCUCCUCCACCUCCACCCAUCUGGAAUCCAAUGAUUCCUGCUUUUGACCUCUUCCAAGGCAACCAUGGCUUUGUAGCCCCUGUGGUCCCCACAGCUGCACACUGGAGACCUGUCAACUACACUUCAUUUCCACCCUCGGUUAUUUCUCAUUCUUCCCCAACGAAAGUAUGGAGAAGUAAAGAGGGAACAGGUGCUUAUCAAGUGCAAGAAGCUCCAGUUUCUCAGGUUGCGAGAAAGAAGACAUCUUACGUUGGACUAGUUCUCGUUCUUCUCAGAGGGCUUCCAGGAUCAGGAAAAUCUUACUUGGCCAGGACUUUACAAGAAGAUAAUCCAAAUGGAGUCAUUCUUAGUACUGAUGAUUAUUUUUACAUAAAUGGACAGUACCAGUUUGAUGUAAAAUACUUAGGAGAAGCACAUGAAUGGAACCAAAAUCGUGCAAAAGAAGCAUUUGAAAAGAAAGUAUCUCCUGUUAUAAUAGAUAAUACAAAUCUACAGGCAUGGGAAAUGAAGCCAUAUGUUGCUUUGUGUCAGAAACAUAAAUAUAAGGUCCUUUUCCGGGAACCAGACACAUGGUGGAAGUUCAAGCCGAAAGAACUUGCAAGGCGUAAUAUUCAUGGAGUAAGCAAAGAGAAAAUAACAAGAAUGUUGGAACAUUAUCAGCGUUUUGUUUCUGUGCCAAUAAUCAUGAAUUCUUCGGCUCCAGCAAAAUUUGAACGUGUUGAAUUAUGUGCAUAUUCUUCUGAGGAUUCAAGUCCCAGCUCAAGAAUCAAUGAGGACAUUACCUCUGAGAAAGAAGAACAUGGUUCAUCCUCAUCUUUGCAGCACGUAGAAUCAACUGAACGGAAGCCUCUUGAAACGACUAGAGGAACUCUGCUGCCCGAGGAUGCUCCCUGUCUCCCUAACGCAGAUUUACACAGAGGAAGAAAAGAAGUCAGUGUGAUAAAUCCUAACCCCCAGAGUGCUUUCAUUGAGGAAGCUUCACGCAUACAGUUUUCUGACUCUGAAAACAAACUUGGAGCAGCAGACAAAAGUGAAAAUAAAGAUCAAGUAGAAAAAGAGUGUAGUAAAACUGAUAAAAGUGACUCUGUGGAAGGAGUAUUGCCCAAUACUGGCUAUGUUGAAAGUAAUCCAGAAUACUGUGACCCUGCAAAUAGUGUACCUCUUCAAAAUGAGAAAUGCUCACCUUGUGAAAUAUUAGAAGAAAGAACAACAGUAAAGAAAAAGACGUUUGGGAAACAAAAAAGCAAAACAACUGUGGAAAAAUUCCCAAGACAGGAACUUCCAGAUUUUGUUGGUGACUGGCCAGUUGAUAAAGCCAUGGGUCAGAGAACAAAAAGGAACCGAAAAACUGAAAAACCUUCAUGUGUACAAAGCGACAGAAAGUUCAGUCGCCCCCCGUCACGCAAAGUGUCUGAUAGUAGUGUGUGUGUGAGUAUAGAUUCCAGCCAGCGAGGAGGCUCUCCACAUGAAUGCACAGAGGAUGGCAGAAAGUCACAGAGUGAUGAUGCUUUAGAAUCCUUCCCUAGCUGUAAAUAUGAAACUUACAAAAAUAGUGAAAACAUCUCCUUCAACAUUGUGGGCGACUGGCCUUCCACUGAGUCACUAGCUCAGAGGGAGCACAGAACGAGGACGCCAAAGGCUAGUUUCAGUGAACUCAAUCCAAACUUUGGAACUAGUAAUGAUGUGAAUAAAACAUCCUUCUACACAGCACAUGAAGCCUGUUGGGGCACAAGCCCUGAAGAGCUAAAAACCUUAGGUGGCUCCGCUCUAAGGAGUGCAGAAAUGUUACCCAGUGAUGUGAUCUGUGAAACUCAGACUUGUCUGAGUAAAAAUAUCCUGGGAGAACACACAUCGCCUUUUGCUUUUACCAGUAGUGUACCAAGUAUUCCCGGAGUAGUAGUAUCACAAACUUUAGCAGAAUUUUCUGAGGAGGUGCUUAAAGGAGUCCGUGGAAUAGAAGUUGGCCAGUGUACCCAGACUGAACCUCAGGAUUUUGCUCUGUUAUGGAAAAUAGAAAAGAAUAAAAUUGGUGUUUCAGAUUCUAUCAGAGUACUAACAGGACGAUUAGAUGGGUUCAGACCUAAAGCUUUCAGUAUUAACACAAGAUCCGAUGCUCAGGAAACAAUCCCGUAUAGGGUCAUGUAUGAUAAAAGUACGUACGUUGAAGAAAGUGAGCUCACCAAUGCUGAUGAAUCUGAGAAUCUUAACAUUCUUUGUAAACUGUUCGGAUCUUAUUCAUUAGAAGCCUUAAAAGAUUUAUAUGAGAGGUGUAAUAAAGAUAUUAUUUGGGCCACAAGCCUUUUAUUGGAUUCUGAAACUAAAUUGUGUGAGGACACUGAAUAUGAGAAUGUCCAAAAAUCAUGUGACGAAUCACAAAUUGGGCCAUUUUCUCUGGGUUUGAAUUUGAAGGAAAUUAUUAGCCAAAGAGGAACCGAAGAAGAUUCCAAUUCUGUGCUGGAGUUCAGCCAUGACACCGGUGUCGGUCAUGUCAAUGCGCAAUCUCCCUACGAUGCUGAAAGGGAAAACGCCGAGCGGGCAGACCUAAACAGUAUCACUCCUGAGAAAUACGGGUUAGCCAUGGGUGCGUUGCCCAGUGCUGCUGUCGAUCCAGAGAAUCAUGAUGGAGUGUUUACAGACAGUCGGGCAGAGCUGUCACGUUUAUACAGCUUCAAGCCAUCUUUACCAGCUGUCCUAAAAACUGCUUCCCCUGAAGAUGUGAGUGAAACAGACAGUGGUCCAGUAGCCACAGAGCCUGUAGAAAGUAUCUUUUCCUCUUUAAAUCUGUCUGACGUUUGUCCUUCGCACCUUGAACUGAAUGAAGAAAUUGGCUUUACUGACUCUUUUGAGGUGAAGAGAGAUGAAAAUGUUGCAAAAGAUUACGUGAAAUUUGCAAACAUGGAAGAAUUUAUGAAUGAAGAAGAACAGGAAAUGCAUAAAAUUCUAAUGGCAGGCAGUAACUUGUCAACUGGAGUUAGUGAGGAAGAUAAAAUUGAGCUGUUGAAUCCCACCCCAGGGCUGGCUAAAUCUCUGACUAUAGACUGUCUGGAACUUGCACUACCCCCUGAACUGGCUUUUCAACUCAGUGAAUUGUUUGGUCCUGUUGGUAUUGAUUCAGGGUCUCUAACAGUGGAGGAUUGUGUGGUCCACAUAGAUCUGAAUCUGGCUAAAGUGCUCCAUGAGAAAUGGAAGGAGUCUGUAAUGGAGCGACAAAGACAGGAAGAGGUAUCUUCUGGCAGAUUGAUGCAAGAUCCUUCCCUUCUGGGACAACUUAGUCCUGAUAAUCCUGAACAAAAAUCAUCUCAGAGAACAGGCAAAAAAUUACUGAGGACUUUAGCAGCAUCUGAAAUGUUACCCUUGUUGGAUCAUUGGAAUACUCAGACUAAAAAAGUAUCUCUCAGAGAAAUAAUGUCAGAAGAAAUUGCCUUACAGGAAAAACACGACUUGAAAAAGGAGGCAUUUAUGUUUGAGAAAGAUUGUGCCACCAAGCUAAAGGAGAAGCAGCUCUUUAAGAUAUUUCCAGCCAUUAACCAAAACUUUCUGGCAGACAUCUUCAAGGACCACAACUAUUCAUUAGAACACACAGUGCAGUUUCUAAAUUGUGUGCUUGAAGGAGACCCUGUGAAAACAGUUGUAGCACAGGAGUUUGUUCAUCAAAAUGACGUCGCUGCUCAUACUGCACAGAAGACUAAAGAAAAAAAGGUAAAGAAAACAAAAGAGACUGAAGAUGCUCCCAGCGAAGCAUCGUUCCAGGACUUUGAGUACCCGGAGUACGAUGACUACCGGGCAGAGGCUUUCCUGCACCAACAGAAGAGGACAGAGUGUUACAGCAAAGCCAAGGAGGCCUAUCGGAUGGGGAAGAAACAUGUGGCCACUUUCUAUGCCCAACAGGGUAGUCUUCAUGAGCGGAAGAUGAAAGAAGCCAAUCACUUGGCCGCUGUGGAGAUCUUUGAGAAAGUCAAUGCUUCCCUGCUGCCACAGAAUGUUUUAGACCUCCAUGGGCUGCAUGUCGACGAAGCUAUAGAACACUUGAUGACAGUUUUACAGCAGAAAACUGAAGAGUGCAAGCAGGGCGGUGGGAAGCCUUAUCUCUCUGUGAUCACGGGCAGAGGAAACCACAGCCAGGGAGGGGUUGCUCGCAUCAAACCAGCCGUAAUGAAAUACCUCACAAGCCACAACUACAGGUUCUCUGAAAUUAAACCAGGGUGCUUGAAAGUCAUGCUAAAGUAAAAUAAAUGUCCUUGUUUUAGAAGAGUGAAGAUUUAUAGGUUAAAGUUAGUUUUAUUUGCAGUAAUUCAAUCAGUUCUACUCUAAAUAGUAUUUAUUAGGAGUUAUAUCCAGUUAUAGAGUAAAAAAAAUGGAUGUUUUUCAAAACUCAAGAGAAAUUUAAUUUUUUACUGAAUCCAAAUGCCAAAUAUUACCUGUUUAAAAUAUUAAAGGGAAUUUUUAUUGAAUCAGAACUUUUUAAAAAGUUACCAGCUGCAGUUUUUAAAGUCUGAAGUGCUCUGAAUAUUUGUCAGAGAGAAAAUGUUGCUUUUAUAUUAAUUGUUUGACCUUUAGUGAAGUCCUAAAGGUCCGACUGGGAGGUCAUGAAGUGCUGUGAAUCCUGGUCUGACACCUGGUUCAUGUUCUUCAAAGGCAGCAGAAGUUAAAGAAAUACUGACAGUGGUAGUAGAAGUAAAGGAAGAAAGAAUUUCUAACAAAACACUUGAAUACUUCUUGCUUCCGAAACUCAAUGCGUAAGCUCAUUUCAUUUUGCCGUAUCCUGCGGGAAGGAAGACCUGCUGUGUACUUCUGCUUUGUAUUUGAGCUUGAUCUCUUUUCCUUUGUUCUGUAUGUGUGCAUCUUCUGGGAGGAAGGUUGGGUCUGAGAUGAUUGCAGUUUUAUAUCUUCAGUAGGCAGAAAAAUGUUCAGAGAAAGAGAAAUGGCUAGAUAUUUACCAAGUGUUACUGCCUUAUAGAAACACUUCUAGAACUGUCUUGUUAAGUGCUGUUUCAGAUGGUACUAAAUAGCUCUAUUUUAUAGUUGAGACAAAUAGUUUGUAAACUGUAGAUCAAAACAAUAUGAGCUAAAAACUAAUGUAGAGAAAGCAUUUUGUUACAAUCAUAAAAGUAAUCCUUAUCAUUUCAAAAAUUUUUACCUUUAUUUUGAAACAGAUCCAACUUUCUGGAUGGAAGCUUUCACUGACUUCUGUUGUUUUGAGUAGCUAGCUAGUCCAGUUAGUCUAUAAAUUAUAAUUUCCUUUAUACAGGUUUAAUGUGGUAAAAAUGUCAUUAUUCACAGAAGACAGUGACUUCAAUAAAUUUGACUUUGACUAGAGAAUAUUUUCAGCAUAUAUAAAACUUUAGUAGAUACUUUUGUUACUCUUUGUUAGGCUUUAAAAAAUCAUUUGGACCAGGAAUUACAGAAGUCUGUGGUUAGUGAACAAAUCCGGAAAUACAGAAUGCUUUCCAAAAAGAGCAAACAUCUUAAAGUAAGACUCAAAUAUACGUGAUUUUACAUAUCAUGAAUGCAUGCUUUUGAAAGAGGAGCCUCAUUGAAUUUUAUUUCAAAGAUAGGAAUCUUUGUUUAUUUUUAGAGAUGGUCGAUGGCUGGUGUUGAAGUAUUAUUCACACUCUUACAGCUGUAAUAAUUUAUUUAGAAAAUUACAGCAGUACAGCACACUUUUUUGUGAUGUCUAGAACUGUUGUGUACAUUAAAAAUACAGCAGUUCAUUUCAAUGACUUCAUAUAAAGCUAAUAUUGUUAGUUAAUAAAGUAUUACUAUGUGUAAAUCAGUAUUUCAGAGACAUUAAGAACCUGGUGUUGUUGAGUGUGUACAACUGCACACUCAUUUUCCAUGCUUCUGUGUUCAUCUGGUUUAAAAAAAAAACGCUUUUGAGAACUUGCACUAGACUUAUUUCAAUUUGGUUAAUGAAGGAGUAGUCAUACUGAUCAGAGCAAAAGACGGUGUUCUCUGCUCUACAGCUUUAAUUCUAUGCCUGAUUUUGGCAAUUCUAGUCACGUUUCUCAAACUUCAUUCAUCAAUAUACAGGCAAAAUUUGAACAUUAUAUGUAGUUUCAUAAAAUUGCUGAAUCAUAAACUGGCUCCUAUCCCUACUAAUGAAAAUAGUUUAACCAAUGUGUAGUUAUGAAAGAAAAUUUGUAAUCCCUCCUUUUGCCCAUUUCUAAAUCCUUUAUGUCACAAGGAAAGAUAGUUUUAAGAUCAUCCUAGUUUCCUUGUACUGUUAUACUUAUGGAAAUACAUGGACAUUAGAAUGGUUCCUUUGUAAGUUUAAACUUUUAAAAAUGUUUUAAAAAUACAGCACUUCUGUAGUUUGGAAGGUUUUAGUAACACUUAUAUCCACUCAGUGGUCUCUCCCCAAUGUGAUCUGCCAGAGGGAAAAGGAGAACUGAGGUGGUACCUGGAGGGUGAGGAUUGGCCGGGGGAGUCCUGACGGCGUUGUUCACAC